AUGGCAGACGCCAUUCAAGCAAUUCACGCAAUGGCUACUGCUAUUGCAAAACAAUUUGCCACUACUAUUCAACAAGCGGAAACUUCUGCCCAACAAGCUGCAAUCCGAGCUCAACGUGAGGCGCUAAGGGAUCGGAGAGAAGAAGUUGUUGUUGCUGCGAGAGAACUGAUAUAUUUUAAUCGUCAAAACCCACCAAAAUUCAAAGGGGAACAUGACCCAAACAAGAGACAUCAAGACCGCAAUAAUAGGGGCAAGCAACAACAACCAUACAUCCGACCUCAAUGGGGUGGAAGAGACCAACCUCAAACACAGUUCAAGGGAGGUCAGAGGCCACAAAAUUCAAGUAGUAUUCGCUGCUACAACUGCAAUAAGGAGGGACAUGUGAGUACUCAAUGCCCAGAAAGAGUGAGAGUUUGUUAUCUUUGCCAGCGACCGGGACAUUUUGCUAGGGAUUGUCGAGCACCAAGAAGAGAUCAUGUUCCAUCUACCAACAACAACAAUGAUGUUAUCCGGCCUACUGCUAAGGGACGUGCCAAUCACAUUGGGGGAGAGGAAGCUUCGAAUGCCUCAGGAUUAAUCCAGGGUGAGUGUGAAAUUGCAGACAAACUAUUCCCAAUAUUAUUUAAUUCUGGUGCUACUCAUUCUUUCAUCUAUGUGGAGUGUGAAAAUUAUGUACAACUACUUGUUACUUCACUGCCUUUUGAUUUGGUGGUCACAAUACCAUCUUCUGAACCUGUAAUACUUAAUGAAGCUUACUUACAAUGCCUCUUAACUAUCAUGGGCAUGAAAUUCAAAGUCGACUUGAUUUGUAUUCCCCUAAAACAUCUGGGAGUGAUCUUUGGGAUGGAAUGGUUAUCUAGUCAUCAUGUUCUUUUGGAUUGUGCUCGAAAGUCUGUAAUCUUUCCAGACCCUGAUGUUUCUCGAUUUCUAAAUAGAAAUCGAAUGAAAAUAUCUUUGAAGGGAGGCAUCCAGAAGUAUGUGUUCUUAAAUUCUGUCAGCAUGAAGCCAUAA